GGUGAAUCAAUCCGAAGUUGAAGUCAGGAGUGAUUUUAACACCACCACCAUCCUCUUCGUCCUCCUCCUCCUCUUCCUCCUCGUUCCCAGUCGGAGCUCCAGUUGCAGUGUGUGUGUGGACGCUAGGCUGGCUCUUCCUGGGGUGUAAGGCACCGAGCGCCUGUCAGCAUGGACGCCCAACUACAAGGCCAGCAGCCACCCAUAGCAGUGUUCCAACCGCAGAAGCCGGAAAUGGGCUACAACAGCUUAGCCAAUUACUACAUUGAGAAGAAGAUUGGACGGGGGCAGUUUAGCGAGGUCUAUCGGGCGAAGUACUUAAUGGACAACACUCCAGUCGCUUUGAAAAAAGUUCAGAUAUUCGAUCUGAUGGAUGCCAAAGCCCGGCAAGAUUGCAUCAAAGAGAUAGAUCUCCUGAAGCAACUCAACCAUCCUAACGUAAUUAAAUAUCACGCGUCAUUCAUCGAGGAGAAUGAGCUAAAUAUAGUGCUGGAGCUGGCCGACGCCGGAGACCUCUCACGUAUGAUAAAGCAUUUCAAGAAACAGAGGAGGCUGAUUCCUGAAAAGACUGUAUGGAAGUACUUUGUUCAGCUGUGCAGCGCGCUGGAGCACAUGCACUCCCGACGUGUCAUGCACAGAGAUAUUAAACCGGCCAACGUCUUCAUCACUGCUACCGGAGUGGUGAAACUAGGCGACCUGGGUUUGGGCCGCUUCUUCAGCUCCAAAACCACCGCCGCGCACUCUCUAGUGGGCACCCCUUAUUACAUGUCUCCCGAGAGGAUACACGAAAACGGAUAUAACUUCAAAUCUGACAUCUGGUCGCUAGGCUGUCUGCUGUACGAGAUGGCUGCUCUUCAGAGUCCAUUCUACGGGGACAAGAUGAACCUGUACUCGCUGUGUAAAAAGAUCGAGCAGUGCGACUACCCUCCUCUGCCAUCUGAUCACUACUCGGAAGAGCUGAGGAAGCUGGUAGAUAUGUGCAUCAAUCCGGAUCCGGAGAAGCGGCCUGACAUCACCUACGUGUACGAGAUCGCCAAGCACAUGCACGGUCUGACUCUGACCAACUGAAUCCAUCCUCCAUCGUCUCCUCCUGUCUGUAACCCACUCUUCUCGGAUGAUGUUCGCCAGCCAUUUUGUAUUUUUUAUUUUUAAGGGAUUUAAAAAAAAAAAAAGAAAAAAAAAGAAAGAAAUAA